AUGAGGACUUCAACACUUGCAAUUAUGCUCCUCUUGUGCUUUUCUUGUGACAUACUAGUCUUUUGCCAUGGAAGCUUGGACAGUGAGACUGAGAGCACUUUGAGAGUGCUUUUGGAAGUGAAAUCAUCGUUCUUGGAAGACCCAGAAAAUGUUCUGAGUGAUUGGUCAGAGAAUAACACAGAGUAUUGUAGUUGGAGAGGGGUGUCAUGUGGGUUGAACGAGUUGAACUCAGAACCUUUGAAUGACUCGGGGAAGCGAGUGGUUGGACUCAACCUGUCCGACUCGUCACUCACUGGGUCAGUAUCACCUUCACUCGGUCAUUUGCAAAACCUAGUCCACCUUGAUCUCUCUUCUAACCGCCUCAACGGUAUCAUUCCAACUACCCUCUCUAACCUCACUUCAUUGGAAUCUCUGCUUCUCUACGCUAACCAACUCACUGGUCACAUACCCACUGAGUUCGGCUCGUUACUGAGUCUCCGAGUUUUGCGAAUCGGUGACAAUGGACUCACGGGUGUGAUUCCCACGUCACUUGGGAAUCUGUUUAACCUUGUCUAUCUUGGUUUAGCCUCAUGCAGGUUCACUGGUCCGAUUCCACCCCAACUCGGGAAACUCAGUGAGUUGGAGAAUCUGAUCCUGCAGGACAAUGAGUUGAUGGGUCCGAUUCCGUCCGAGUUGGGGAACUGCUCAAGCCUUAUCGUCUUCACUGCUGCUAACAACAGACUCAAUGACUCGAUCCCGAGUGAACUGGGUCAACUCAGGAAACUCCAGACUCUCAACCUUGCCAACAACAGCUUAACAGGGCAGAUUCCGAGUCAACUCGGUCAUAUGAAUGAGCUUGUUUAUCUGAAUUUCAUGGGGAACAAACUCGAGGGUCAUAUUCCAACGUCUCUAUCUCAACUGGGUAACCUUAAAAAUCUCGACUUGUCCAUGAACAUGCUUAGUGGAGGAAUUCCAGAGGUGUUAGGCAACAUGGGUCAGUUAAAAUACAUGGUUCUCUCUGGGAAUAAACUCUAUGGGACCAUUCCAAGAACCAUAUGUUCCAACGCAACAAGUUUGGAACACUUGAUGAUAUCAGAGAGUGGACUUUAUGGUGAGAUCCCAUCUGAGUUGAGUCAAUGUCAAUCACUGAAACAACUUGAUUUGUCCAACAAUUCUCUUAAUGGAUCAAUACCUUUUGAGGUUUAUGGGUUGGUGGGGCUAACUGAUCUCUUGCUUCACAAUAAUAACUUGGUUGGUUCAAUCUCUCCCUUCAUAGGGAACCUCACUAACAUGCAAACACUUGCAUUGUUUCACAACAAUUUGCAGGGUGCUCUGCCUAGAGAGAUUGGGAUGCUUGGGAAGAUGGAAAUACUGUAUCUUUAUGAUAAUCAGUUAUCAGGGAAGAUACCUUUGGAGAUUGGUAACUGUUCAAGCUUGCAAAUGAUUGAUUUCUUUGGAAACCAUUUCAGUGGGGGAAUUCCCUUCACUAUUGGAAGGCUGAAAGACUUGAGUUUCCUUCACCUUAGGCAGAAUGAGCUUGUGGGUGAGAUUCCUUCCACCCUUGGAAAUUGUCAUAAACUGAAUGUGCUUGAUUUGGCAGAUAAUCAACUCUCAGGUGGCAUUCCUGCAACAUUUGGAUUUCUCAGAGACUUGAAGCUUCUCAUGCUUUACAACAAUUCUCUUGUAGGUAUUCUCCCUCACCAACUGAUAAAUGUAGCAAACCUGACUAGAGUUAAUCUUUCAAAGAACAAACUGAAUGGUAGCAUCUCUGCAUUGUGUAGCUCUCGGUCGUUUCUUUCUUUUGAUGUCACAGAUAAUGCAUUUGACAGUGAAAUCCCCUCUCAAUUGGGAAAUUCACACUCCCUUGAGCGGCUAAGAUUAGGUAACAACAAAUUUUCUGGUGAAAUCCCAAGGACAUUGGGGAAAAUCAUUGAAUUGUCAUUGUUAGACCUCUCGGGAAAUUCACUCAAAGGACCAAUACCGGAUGAGCUUUCUUUGUGUAAUAAACUUGCCUACAUUGAUUUAAACAAUAACCUUUUAUCUGGAAGCAUACCACAAUGGCUUGGAAGUUUGCCUCAGUUGGGAGUGCUUAAGCUCUCCUUCAAUCAAUUUUAUGGGUCUCUUCCACUAAACCUUUUCAAAAGACCCAGGUUGCUAAUUCUUUCCCUCAAUAGCAAUUCUCUUAGUGGAAGUCUCCCAGGUGAUAUUGUUGAUCUUGCAUCCCUUAAUGUCCUUAGACUUGAACAUAAUAACUUCUCUGGACCAAUUCCUCAUGCAAUAGGUAAGUUAAGCAAUCUUUAUGAGCUUCAGCUAUCUAGAAAUAGCUUUAAUGGUGAGAUACCAACUGAGAUUGGAAAUCUCCAAAAUCUUCAAAGCAUUUUAAACCUCAGUUAUAAUAAUCUCUCUGGUCAUAUCCCACCUUCUCUUGGUAUGCUGUCAAAAUUGGAAGCACUUGAUCUUUCUCACAAUCAACUCACUGGAGAAAUCCCUCUACUAGUUGGUGAAAUGAGGAGCUUGGAAAAGCUUAACAUCUCUUACAAUAACUUUCAAGGUGCAUUGGAUAAGCAAUUCUCUCGCUUUCCAUAUGAGGCAUUUGAAGGGAACCUUCAUCUUUGUGGAGCCUCUCUUGGGCGUUGCAAUCAUGUCGAUGCUUCCCAUAAUAAGCUAUCAGGUAAGACAGCAGUGGUUAUAGUCUCUGCCAUUUCAACUUUAGCUGCAAUUGCACUACUAGUACUUGCAAUGAGCAUGUUCUUGAAAAACAAGAAAGAAUUUUUCAGGAAAGGCAGUGAAGUGAAUUGUCUUUACUCCUCCUCUUCAUCACGAGCACAAAAACGACCACUCUUCCCACUAAAUGCUGCUGGAAAGCGAGAUUUCAGGUUGGAAGAUAUCAUGAAUGCUACAAACAAUUUAAGUGAUGACUUCAUAAUUGGUUCUGGAGGUUCUGGGACAGUCUACAGAGUUCAAUUUCCCACUGGAGAGACUGUGGCUGUCAAGAAGAUUUCAUGGAAAGAUGAUUAUUUGCUAAACAAAAGCUUUAUAAGAGAAGUUAAGACUUUAGGGAGUAUUAAGCAUAGACAUCUGGUGAAACUCAUAGGAUGUUGUAGCAAUAGAAACAAAGGAACAGGUUGGAAUCUGUUGAUAUAUGAGUAUAUGGAGAAUGGGAGUGUAUGGGAUUGGCUACAUGGAAACAAAGCAAAGGGUAACCUUGAUUGGUAUGCAAGGUUCAAAAUUGCUGUGGGAUUAGCCCAAGGAGUGGAGUACCUCCAUCAUGACUGUGUACCAAAGAUCAUUCACAGGGACAUCAAAUCUAGCAACAUAUUGUUAGAUUCCAAAAUGGAGGCACACUUGGGAGAUUUUGGACUUGCAAAAACACUCAUUGAGAAUCAUGACUCUAUUACUGAGUCCAAUUCUUGUUUUGCUGGGUCUUAUGGUUACAUGGCCCCAGAGUAUGCAUACUCAAUGAAGGCAACUGAGAAAAGUGAUGUUUAUAGCAUUGGAAUUGUGCUUAUGGAACUUGUUAGUGGUAAAAUGCCAACAGAUGAAGCUUUCAGAGCUGAGAUGAACAUGGUGAGAUGGGUGGAGAUGCACAUUGACAUGCAAGGCACUGCAUGUGAGGAAUUGAUAGAUCCUGAGCUGAAACCCCUUUUGCCUGGUGAAGAGUUUGCUGCAUUCCAAGUACUUGAGAUAGCCAUACAGUGUACUAAAAAUACACCACAGGAGAGGCCAUCAUCAAGACAAGUAAGCGAUCUUCUUGUGCAUGUAUUCAACAACAAAAAGGUGGACUUUGAGAAGAUGAAUUUGGAUCAUUACAAGUGAAUUUAUU